AUGGUGGCGCAAGCUGAGGCAAAGCUGGCCUCGGUUGAGGCGGCGAUGCAAGGCCUCCGCGCGGCCCUUGCGGCAGAAGCACACGCUGCAGUCGCGCUCGCGGCCGCCGCUGCCUCCGGCGCGCCGGGCGGGGCGGCGCUCGCCGCGCAGGCCGCGGCGGCGCGGGCCGAGGCGGCGGCGGCGGAGGAGGAGUUGGAGCAGAUCCAGUGCGAGUGA